AUGCCAAAACGUAGUUACAACCCAUCAGCGAAUGAGGAAGACAAAGUUCCGAUUGUGGAGAAGUUGUACCGAGAAAACCAGGAAUCCGACUAUAUUGGUGGUGGAUUUUGCGAAGAUGACGACGAGGUUCAGGAGCGUCGAGAGCAGAUUUCGGAAAUGAGACAAAAGCGCGCCGACGCAGCGUUUAGCUCCACAAAAGCACCCGAUAAUUGCGAAAAAUGCGAGAAGGUUCUGAUGGAUAGUUGGCUGUGGGAGAGAUACAAUUGUGCAGUUUGUGAUGCUUGUAGAGAUGAUAAGGGAGAGCACAAAUUGCUGGCAAGAACUGAAGUGAAGACGACGUAUAUGCUCAAAGAUUGUGACCUGGAUCUUCGAAAACCACCAUUGAGAUUUUGGGCCAAAAAGAAUCCGCAUAAUCCGAGAUAUGGCGAUAUGAAGUUGUAUCUUAAGUGUCAGGUCGAACAACGCGUCAUCGAAGUUCAUGGAAGCUUCGAAGAGCUCGAAAUGAAGAAGGAGAUUCGUGAGCAAUCGAAAGAGGUCCGUGCCGAAAAGCAAUUUGAGAAGAAACUCAAGGAUCUUCGACAACAGAUCCGUGGCAACGCCGGAAUGCGAACUGACUUCGGAAAGCCGCAUACACACGAAUUCGGAAAAGAAACUCAUGUGAAGGAAGACACGUGGAAGCGCACAUGCUCGACUUGUGAAUACGAGGAAGUCUUCGAGAAGCUAUAA